GUAGCCGGGUUGCACAUGUGCGGAUUUAGAGGAGGCUACAAACUUGUCAGCUAUGGAGGACAGUUGGACAAAGGAAACACUUCAUGAAGAAUAAUUAAUCGACGGACUAAACAUUUAUGGAUUAAUAGACUUUUGAGGCAGCUACUCUUCUCUUUAGUGCUUUUUGGACAUAUUUCGCAUCAAUAUGUGGGUGUUCAAUGUUGCACAGCAGCACAAGUUGCUCCUUGUUUGGACCAGGAGGUUGCAAAAGUCUGCUUCUAUCCCAAAACCUCACCAUGUGUCAGCAUCUCUCCUGAGCUCAGAGGACAGCAGCUUUACCCCCACGGCCAAGAGGAGACGAAAGGCGUUUGACCCCUCCAAGCCUGAGAAAUAUGAGAGGUCAGUUCAGACUAAAGCGUGGAAAAAGGAGAUUCCUGUGAUACAUAGAUCAAGUCAGAGAAAUUGGGAGGAGGGCAGGGUGUCGUCUGAACUCAGGAGACUGAGUCUGGACGAUUUCCCUGAGGAGAAGGAGAAGGAGAAGGAGAGGAUGAGGGAACAGAAGUCAUCACUGGACCGGAGAGAUGGACAGAAGUCAUCACUGGACCGGAGAGAUGGACAGAAGUCAUCACUGGACCGGAGAGAUGGACAGAAGUCCUCACUGGACCGGAGAGAUGGACAGAAGUCCUCACUGGACCGGAGAGAUGGACAGAAGUCCUCACUGGACCGGAGAGAUGGACAGAACUACGAGGUUGUGUUUGGCAUCGCUCCCUGUAUCUUGGCUCUCACUCAGGGGAGAAGAAAGGCCCAUAAGCUGUUUGUAAAAGACAGCGAGACCUCUCACCGCACGUCUGUGUUACAGGUGUGUGAGGCAGCUCACCGCCGAGGUGUCCAAGUCCAGCGGGUCACUAAGAGAGAUCUGGACAAGAUGUCUCCUGGAGGAGUCCAUCAAGGAGUUUGUCUGAAAGCAAGUCCCCUGAGCUACCUCACAGAAACCAAAGACCUUGCCCCCAGCAAAGGACACGCCCCUCUGUGGCUGGUCCUGGAGAGAGUUCAGGACCCGAUGAACCUGGGCGCCAUCCUGCGCUCGGCCUACUUCCUGGGUGUGGACAGAGUGGCCAGCAGUCUCCGCCACAGCUGCCCGUUGACUCCAGUGGUCAGCAAGGCCAGCUCGGGGGUGAUGGAGGUGCUGGAGGUGUACGGGUAUGAGAAGCUGGAGGACAUGCUGCAGGUGAAGCUGGCCCAGGGCUGGCAGGUGGUGGGCACAGUGGGAGCUGCAGCAGAGGAGGCCGGGCCGCCCGUCACACAGUGUUCAGACUUCCAGAUGACUAAACCCACGGUGCUGCUGAUGGGGGGCGAGGGGGAGGGGCUGUCCCAGCAGCUGCUCUCUCUGUGUCAAACCCUCCUCACCAUCCCGCCCGGCAGAGAGCUGUCCCUCGGGGUCGAGUCCUUAAACGUCUCUGUGGCUACGGGCAUCCUGCUGCACGCUCUGCUGUCCUCCAGGAGCUCACACAGAUGAUCAACACCUGGGAUAUCAGCAAAAAGGUGCAAGGGAGCUGAGAUUUAGACUUUCAUAAACAAAAAAAACACAUGGGGUUUUAGAGCUGGUUGAUAAAUCAGUGUUAUGAGUUAAUUUGAGUCAGGAUAACUGACUAAAGUCAUGGAAAAAAUUAUUAGACCACGUUUUUUCUUCAAUUUUUUGUUCAUUUUAAUGCCUGGUACAACUAAAGGUACAUUUGUUGGGACAAAUAUAAUGAUAACAACAAAAAUAGCUGAUAAGAGUUUAAUUUAAGAGCUGAUAUCUUGCCAUUUUUCGUGGUUUUCUUGAUCAUAACCAAACUCAUUAUCAGGAAAACCAUGGAAAAUUUGCUCUUAAAUUAAACUCUUAUCAGCUAUUUUUGUUGUUGUCAUUAUAUUUGAACAAGAAAUUGAAGAAAAAAAAGUGGUCUAAUAAUUUUUUCCAUGACUUUAUUUCUGUAAGAUGUAUAUUGUCCCAGAAGGUGCUACAAUAAACAAUAUUAUUGUAAUUUUAAGACCAAUUCUUGCAAUUGAUAUGAUGAUAUAAUAAGCUUGUAAUACAAAUAAAACCUUUAAAGAGCAAUGAGCUUUUCAUUCUUAAAAAUAUUCACACAUGAAUGUGAAAAUAAUAUUAAAAUCUCCUGAAUAAUUAAAACAAGCAGAGCAGAAAUAUUUAUUUUAUUUCUGUUCAUUGGGCUUAGAUGCUGCACCAGGUUUUAUAUUAGUAGGUAAAACCUUCUGUUUGUCAAACAUCAUGUUGAAUAAAGUGGUGACAUUUUUAAGUAAACAAACAAUGGGAGAUAUCGAGGUCAGACACAAUUAUCCUGCUCACGUCCACAUAUUAGACGAUAAAUCCAGAUUGUAAUUAUCAUGACAGGCCUAGUUUCAGCCAGUUUUUUUGCAAGUAAGCCAAAAAAAUAUUUCUGUUGCUUCUAUGAUAUAAAAACUGGAUCUUGUUAUAAAUCAAUGUUGAAAAUGGGUCAUAUUUCUAUAUGAAUCUCUUCACAAGAUGACUUCAGUUUUGGACGAUCCCCAGAAAUGUCGAGGCUUUAAAGGAUAAGGACGAUGAUGUUCUAUAUCUUUCCUCCCUCGACAAAUUCCAACAUUGAAUGUUUCACCUAAUAAUUAUCGUGUGUUAUAAUUUCUUCCUCUGUGCCACAGAGCUCCAUUGUUGUCCAUAAACUACUAAAAUCACAUCAAUAAUUUUGACUCAAUCCCAAAAUAAACCAUCCUGCUGCCACAAAUUCUCACCAGAGCGGAUUAAUCCGCUGCUGGAAAAAGUCUAAUGCACCAUUUUUGUCUGUUUUGUAAUAAAAGAUUUAAAAAAAACAAAAUGGCCAUCUGUUGUCUGAAAUUACUGAGUAUUUUUCCAAAAUUAAAUUAUGUAUUUGUGACCAACUGGAAUUAUUAUUAGACAAGACAUUUGGGCUUCUCACUGGAAUGAAAAUGAUUCACCAGGCUCAUCCUUUAAAAUGCUGCUCUGUUUAUCGCUUGAAAUAUUAUUUAUGUCAUAUCUCUGGCUCUGUCUACUGAAUGCUUGUUUUUUUUCUAAAUAAACAAAUUUCCCCUACAUUAAAGUGCAGUGAAAUAAAGGAGGUCUACUCAGUGGGAAAUCAUAUUUUUUAAUAAAAUAAUAUUUGCUCACAUUGACAUAUUUGUCAUGUUUACUAUUUGUUUCUGCCUUGUAUCUCUACACUGCUGCCAGGUUACUACUGAGGAAACUGAGGAUAGUAUGGUGUUUGAUUUCUAAGGCUGUUAUGUUAUGUUUUCUAUUGUUGAUGCUGUAACACGGGAAAUGUACCUGUUGUG